AUAAUAAUAAUGAGGAAGAGGAGAGAGGCGGCGGGGGAAAUAGAUAUGAGUCUGAAAUAGAAAAUUCGCUGUGGCCUGGUCAAACGCAGUGGGAAAGCGCGCAGAGAGCGAUGGCUCACCCAGGAUGCUCUGGUAGCAUUUCCACUGACUGCUCAGCUACCGCGCGCGAGGACGGUGCACAUAUGCAAUUAAAACCCGGUAAGCAAGUGCCACUAGAGCCCGAAGGUGUCAGACAGGCAACGGGGCGGCAGAUGGGAGAUAAAGGAGAAAGGCAGAGGGAGGAAGAGGGCUUUGAGGGGUCCGCUGUUGCUGUUGCCUCUGUUUGGGGAGGAAAAUUACAGGUGGGGGAGGGCCAGAGAGAGGCGCGGCUGAUGGGAGGGAGAGAAACAGGGGCAGAGGAGGAGGAGUGGGAGAGGGGAAGGAGAAUAACAAAGGCAAGCCAGGCAGAGGAGAAUGAGGCAAAGGGAGAGAAGGGUCAGGACAGGGGCAGUAGCACCACCAUCACACAGCCAGAUAGCAAAAUAGGGAAGAAAGAAAGCCAGGGGGAUGAAAGCCACCAGGGAGGAGGCAGAGGGGAGGUGGAGGGGAAGGAAAAGAAAAAGCACAGUUCAAGGGGAGAGAGGAGCCUGGAACGACUGAUAAUCGUAGCAGAUGAUGAUACCUCACAGGGAGAGACUGAGAGAAAGAUUUUCAUGCCAUGGUCUCGCUCGAAACGUGCAGCCAAUAGGCAUCCCCAUUUCUCCCAGUACACCUACCAAGUACAUGUGGCUGAAAACCAGCCGCCUGGCACAUCAGUGAUCAUCAUGUCCGCCUCAGACCCAGAUGGAGGAGAUGCAGGCAGGCUGAGCUACACAAUGGCUCCGUUGAUGAACAGUCGAUCAUCCGACUACUUCCACAUUCACCCAGACACCGGCCUCAUUACCUCCACUCAGAUUCUUGACCGAGAGCAUAUGGACCUACAUUACUUCCGGGUCACAGCGACUGAUCAUGGCUCCCCUCGCCUCUCUGGCACCACAAUGGUGUCCAUCACUGUUUCAGACCGGAAUGAUCACUCUCCUAUAUUUGAGCAGUCAGAGUACAGGGAGACGAUUAGGGAGAAUGUGGAGGAAGGCUAUCCCAUACUACAGCUGAGAGCGACUGAUUCAGACUCCCCAUCCAAUGCCAAUAUUCGUUACCGGUUUGUUGGUGACUCAGCUACAAUGGCACGGGCGGCCUUUGAGAUUGACCCUCGCUCUGGCCUCAUUACAACCCGUGGGUCAGUGGACCGGGAAACGAAUGAACACUACACCCUGCAGGUGGAAGCCAGCGACCAGGGGAAAGAUCCGGGGCCACGCUCUGCUACCGUUAAAGUUUUCAUCACCGUGCUGGAUGAAAAUGACAAUGUGCCACAGUUCAGUGAGAAACGCUAUGUGGUGGCAGUGAAGGAGAAUGUCAGGCCUCAUUCUGAAAUUCUCCGUGUCAGUGCCACAGACCGGGACAAAGAUAGUAAUGCUGUUGUUCACUACAACAUCAUCAGUGGCAACAGCCGUGGGCAGUUUUCCAUUGACAGCGUCACUGGUGAGAUCCAGGUGGUGGCACCACUAGACUAUGAGGCCGAACGAGAGUACACGCUCCGCGUUCGCGCACAGGACAACGGGCGGCCACCUCUUUCUAACAACACUGGGAUUGUCAGCGUCCAAGUGACAGACGUCAACGACAAUCCGCCCAUCUUUGUCUCCACACCAUUUCAGGCAUCAGUGCUUGAGAGCGCCCCGAUUGGUAGUUCAAUCCUCCACAUCCAGGCCAUUGAUACAGAUUCUGGUGACAAUGCUCGUCUGGAGUACAGGCUAACUGGCACAAGCUCUGACACCCCAUUUGUUAUCAAUGCCGCAACAGGCUGGGUCACCGUAAAGUCUAUUCUUGACAGAGAAUCUGUGGAGCACUACUUUUUUGGCGUGGAGGCCAGGGAUUAUGGCAUGCCCCCUCUUUCCGCUACAGCCAGUGUGACUAUAACAGUGAUGGAUGUUAAUGACAACCGCCCUGAGUUCCUCCAAAAGGAGUACUAUGUCAGACUGAACGAGGACGCAGCGGUUGGCACCAGCGUAGUGACUGUCACAGCUGUCGAUCGUGACGUCAACAGUGCCGUGACCUACCAGAUAACAGGAGGAAACACCAGAAACCGCUUUGCUAUCAGCACGGCGGGAGGGGGUGGGCUUCUCUCUCUAGCUCUCCCACUGGACUACAAACAAGAGCGGCGCUACGUUCUCACUGUCACUGCCUCAGACAGAACCCUCCAUGACACCUGUCAGGUGCACGUCAACAUCACAGACGCCAACACACACCGCCCUGUUUUCCAAAGCGCCCAUUACUCUGUUAGUGUGAACGAGGACCAGCCACCUGGAAGCACCAUAGUCGUGAUCAGUGCCACAGACGACGAUGUUGGCGAGAAUGCUCGAAUCACGUACUUCCUCGAGGACAAUAUCCCGCAAUUUCGCAUCGACCCAGCAACAGGAGCCAUAACGCUCCAGGCAGAGCUUGACUAUGAAGACCAGAUGACCUACACGUUGGCUAUAACAGCCAAAGACAACGGCAUACCGCAGAAAUCCGACACGACAUACGUUGAGGUGAAUGUUAAUGAUGUCAAUGACAACGCUCCUCAGUUCCUCAGUCCCAGGUAUCAGGGAACAGUGAGUGAAGAUGCCCCUUCCUACACCAGUAUUCUCCAAAUCUCAGCCACCGAUCGGGAUGCACACGCCAACGGUCGUGUUCAAUACACCUUCCAAAACGGUGAGGAUGGGGGUGGAGACUUUACCAUUGAACCGAAAUCUGGGAUCGUCCGAAAUAGCAGACGUUUGGAUCGCGAGAAUGUGCCAUUCUAUGAGCUCACUGCUUAUGCUGUUGAUCGCGGUGUACCCUCUCAGCAAACUCCUGUCCACAUCCAGGUGACAGUCCUCGAUGUGAAUGACAAUGCCCCUGUUUUCCCCGCUGAUGACUUUGAGGUUUUAGUAAAAGAAAACAGUGCUGUGGGUUCUGUGGUGGCACAGAUAACAGCCACCGACCCUGAUGAGGGUGCCAAUGCUCAGAUCAUGUACCAAAUUGUAGAGGGCAACAUCCCAGAGAUCUUCCAGAUGGACAUCUUUUCAGGAGAGCUCACGUCACUCAUUGAUCUUGACUAUGAGACGCGCAACGAGUAUGUCAUUGUGGUCCAGGCCACGUCAGCACCUUUAGUCAGCCGUGCUACUGUCCGAAUCCGAUUGGUGGACCAGAACGACAACAGGCCAACUCUACAAGACUUUCAAAUCAUUUUCAACAACUUUGUGUCCAAUCGGUCCAACAGUUUCCCCACCGGGGUAAUAGGGAGGGUACCUGCCCACGAUCCUGACGUGUCAGACAGACUGUACUACACCAUCGAAAGGGGGAAUGAGCUUCACCUGCUGCUCCUGAAUCACACCAGCGGAGAGAUCCGACUGAGCCGAAAACUGGAUAACAACAGGCCGCUGGUGGCUCCCAUGCUGAUCUCCGUCACGGAUGGCGUCCACAGCAUUUCGGCUCAGUGUGUUCUCCGCGUCCUCAUUAUCACAGAGGACAUGUUGGGCAGCAGUGUCACUGUCCGCCUUCAGAACAUGUCCCAGGAGCACUUCCUGUCACCACUGCUGGGAACCUUCUUGGAAGGUGUGUCCGCUGUUCUCUCAGUUCCUGUUGAGGAUGUUUUCAUCUUCAACAUUCAGCCGGAUCUGGAUGCGGCACCUGGAGGAAUCCUGAAUGUUAGCUUCUCUGCCGCGUUGCCGGGCGGACAUUUCUUUCCCUCUGAGGCCCUGGAGGAGCAGCUGUACCUGAACAGGCCGAGGCUGACGUCACUGACACAGAUGGAGGUCCUCCCGUUUGAUGACAACGUGUGCUUGCGGGAGCCUUGCCAGAACUACAUGAAGUGCAUCUCAGUGCUGCGUUUCAACAGCUCUGCCCCCUUCAUCUCCUCACCCUCCAUCUUGUUCCGGCCUAUCCACCCCAUCGCAGGACUACGCUGCCGCUGCCCAGUGGGAUUCACGGGUGAUUACUGUGAGACAGAGAUCAACCUGUGCUACUCCAACCCCUGUCUGAACGGAGGGGUGUGUGCCCGCAGAGAGGGAGGGUACACCUGUAUCUGCCGCGAAGACUACACCGGUGAUCGUUGUGAGUUUGACCACCGGCAGGGCAGGUGCAUGCCAGGUGUGUGUCGUAACGGAGGGACGUGCCGGGAGCUUUCGGGUGGGGGUUUCCGAUGCGAGUGCCCGGCAGGAGCCUAUGAGCGACCGUACUGCACCGUCACCGCCCGGUCCUUCCCGCCCAAGUCCUUUGUCAUGUUCCGGGGCCUCAGACAGAGAUUUCACCUCUCCAUCUCGUUAACAUUUGCCACUCUGGAGAACAGUGGUCUUCUCUUCUAUAAUGGACGCUUUAACGAGAAACAUGACUUCAUUGCCUUAGAGAUCCAAGAAGGACAAGUGGUGUUCAAAUACUCCACAGGUGAGUCAUCCACCCAGGUGAGUCCCUUCCUGCCAGGGGGUGUGAGCGAUGGUAACUGGCAUACAGUUCACAUCCACUACUACAACAAGCCUGCUACACGUUAUCCCAAGCGCAGUAUGAGUGGUGAGGCUCAGGGUCCGUCAGAUGAGAAGAUUGCUGUGGUGAGCGUUGAUGACUGUGAUACAGCCUUGUCACUUCGCUUUGGUACGCAGCUUGGAAAUUACAGCUGUGCUGCACAGGGCAAACAAACCAGCAGUAAGAAGUCUCUGGACUUGACUGGUCCAUUAUUUCUGGGUGGAGUCCCUAAUGUGCCAGACAACUUUCCCUUUGGCACCAGGGAGUUUAUCGGUUGCAUGAAAGAGCUGCACAUCGAUAGCAAACCGCUGGACAUGGCUGGAUUUAUCGCCAAUAAUGGAACGCUUCCUGGCUGCAGUGCCAAACAUCCCUUCUGUAAGUCCAACCCGUGUCAGAACGGAGGAACCUGCAGUGUGAGCUGGGAGACUUUCUCCUGUGACUGUCCCCUAGGAUACGGUGGGAAGGACUGCAGCCACGUGAUGACACACGUACACCGCUUUCUGGGUAACAGCGCCCUCUGGUGGGACCUGAAGAAUGACGUAACCAUCUCCGCACCCUGGUACCUCGGCCUGGUGUUCAGAACCAGAGCCCGUGAAGGGACUUUGCUGCAGGCCCAGGCUGGCCAGUAUAUCAGCCUGGUGUUCCAGGUAAUUAAUGGUCAGCUGGUCUUUUCGGUGACCCGCGGCUCAACCAGACCGGUGCGUUUGCGGUUGGAUCAGGUUCAAGUGGCAGACGGCCGGUGGCACGACCUCCAGCUGGAGCUGCGAGACGUUCGCAGUGGCCGCGAGACUCGCUAUGUCGCCACACUGCGGCUGGACUUCGGACUCUAUCAGGGAACAGUGAUAGUGGGAAAUGAGAUUCAUGGUUUGAAGGUGAAACAUCUGCAUGUUGGAGGAGUGCUGGGAUCUGGGGAGGUUCAGAACGGGAUAAGAGGAUGCAUACAGGGCGUUCGAUUGGGCGUGAGACCGGACGCCCCCGCUCUGCCCCGCCCCUCUAGAGCUGUCAAAGUGGAAACUGGCUGCAGUGUCGGUAAUCCCUGCCUCUCGUCUCCCUGUCCAGCUCAUAGCCGUUGUUCCGACCAAUGGGAGAGGCACACCUGUCUAUGUGAACCCGGUUAUUAUGGGAAAAGCUGCACUGACGCAUGUCAUCUGAAUCCAUGUGAGAAUGAGGCUCACUGCCACAGGAAGCCCAGCUCUUCCCAUGGAUACAUUUGUGACUGCGGAGACAACCACUACGGGCAAUACUGCCAGCACAGGAUUGAUCAUCAGUGUCCCAGGGGUUGGUGGGGAUCUCCAACCUGUGGACCGUGCCACUGUGACACCAAUAAAGGCUUCGAUCCUGACUGUAAUAAGACCAGCGGACAGUGUCAGUGCAAGGAGUUCCACUUCCGUCCGCGAAACUCGGACACCUGCCUGCCGUGCGACUGCUACCCAGUGGGGUCCUUCUCGCGGGCAUGCGACCCAGAGUCAGGACAGUGUCAGUGCAGGCCUGGCGUAAUUGGUCGUCAGUGCAACUCGUGUGACAACCCUUUUGCUGAGGUCACAAACUCAGGCUGUGAAGUCAUUUAUGAUGGUUGUCCAAAGACCAUUACUCAGGGGAUCUGGUGGCCGCGUACCAAGUUCAACCUGCCUGCCGCGGUGCCCUGCCCCAAAGGCUCUGUCGGUGCUGCCAUUAGACACUGUGAUGCCGAGAGAGGCUGGUUGGAGCCGGACCUUUGCAACUGCACUUCACCUCCAUUUGUGGAGCUCAGUGCUGCUCUCGAUUCCCUGGAGCGCAACGAGACAGAGCUGAACACCAUCAUGGAGAAGAAGCUUGCCCACCAGCUCCGUGAUGUAACCGAGGCUACCACCCGGCUCUAUGGCAAUGACCUACAGAUAGCUGAGCGGCUGCUGUCACGCCUACUUACAUUUGAGACCCAGCAGAGUGGCUUCGGACUCACCGCCACCCAGGACGCGUACUUCAACGAGAACGUCCUGCGAGGCUGCAGUGUGCUGUUGGGUCCGAGCACCUCUGGGCUUUGGCGUACUCUCGCUCAGAGUCAGAACCACAUCCCAGGCGGCGGUCCGGGAGCGCUGACGGAGCUACUGGAGCAGUACGCCAAGAAUCUGGCUCAGAACAUGAAACUCACCUACCUCAACCCGGUGGCGCUGGUUGCUCCCAACAUUGUUAUGAACCUGGACCGCAUGGAGAACCACACCCACGUGCGGAGGCGUUUCCCACGCUACCACACCACCCUGUUUCGUGGUCAGGCUUUGUGGGAUCCCUAUACUCAUGUGAUACUGCCCCCUGCUGCCCUGGUGCCACAACGGCAGCGGCUGCAUAACUGGAAGGAGAAGGAGAGGACGGAAAAAGAGCUUUCAGCCUCAGAUCCUCAAAACACCGCUUCGGCGCCUGUCAGUAUCUCGGCCAAUCAGACAGGAGAAUACACUGCAGCAAAACAUACUGCUGCGUUGCCUGAGCCGCCCAUAACCAUCGUGAUCCUGCUCAUUUACCGAAGUCUGGGUGCUGCCCUUCCUCCCAAGUACCACACAGACAGACGAGGAGUGAGGCUUCCCAGACAUCCAGUAAUGAACUCCCCUGUGGUCACUAUCUCUGUCUACAACAACCAGACAUUUGUGGGCGGACAUUUAGAGCAACCCAUCUUACUGGAGUUCAAGCUGCUAGAGACGGCCAAUCGCAGCAAGCCUCUGUGUGUACAAUGGAACCACAGCAGCCCGUAUGAGAUGGGAGGUUGCUGGACGGUGAGAGACUGUAUGGUGGUGUACAGAAACACGUCUCAUGUGCGCUGUCAGUGCCAGAGACUGGGCACCUUUGGCGUACUGAUGGACAGUUCGCAGAGAGAGCAGUUGGAGGGCGACCUGGAGACGCUGGCCCUGGUUACAUACUCUUCUUUGUGCGUCUCCAUGCUGGCGCUGCUCCUCACUGUCCUGGUGCUCUCCUGUCUCCGGGGCCUCAAGUCUAACACCAGGAGCAUCCAUUCAAACACAGCGGCAGCCAUGUUUUUAUCAGAGCUGGUGUUUUUGCUUGGGGUCAAUCAGACUGAACAACAGUUCCUGUGUACGGUCGUCGCCAUCCUGUUGCAUUACUUCUUCAUGUCCACGUUCGCCUGGAUGUUCGUGGAAGGUCUUCAUAUCUACCGAAUGCAAACAGAGCAACGCAACAUCAACUAUGGAGCCAUGAGAUUCUAUUACGCCAUUGGCUGGGGCGUUCCCGCCAUUAUCACAGGCCUGGCAGUAGGUUUGGACCCAGAGGGUUAUGGAAACCCAGACUUCUGUUGGAUAUCCAUCUAUGACAAACUAAUCUGGAGCUUUGCUGGUCCCAUCGGCAUCGUCAUACUGUUGAAUGGGGGCAUUUUCACCAUUGUAGCCAAGAUGUCGUGUAACCCAUCUCAGAAGGAGACCAAGAAACUUCCUGUCAUCGCCACUAUCCGCAAUGCCUUCUUGCUGUUGCUGGUGGCCACCUCCACCUGGCUGUGUGGUCUGAUGGCUGUAAAUAACAGCAUACUGGCUUUCUACUACAUAUUUGAUGUCCUCUGCCUAGUACAGGGUCUGUCAGUGAUGCUAGUCUUCACCGUGUUCAACUCAGAAGUUCAGGAGGCAUGGAGAGUCGCCUGUUUGGGUAAGAAGAGUCCUGGAGAAGAUCCCCCAAGACCACCGCAGAGCACAGCACAGAACCCCUAUCACAACCCUUCACUGUUGGAGCAGAGCGGGCUGCACCGCAUCACACUGGGAACCUCCACCAUCUCCUCCGUCAGCUCUGCCAGAGAAAACCUUUUGGCUCGUCAGACUCUGGAGCAAAACAUCGUCCACACUGGUGCAACCGACCUGGAUGUAGCCAUGUUCCACAGAGACGGGGGUGAAGAUUCCGACUCAGACUCUGAUCUCUCUAUGGAGGAAGAGCACAGUCUCUCCAUUCCUUCUUCGGAAAGCGAGGACAACGUCCGUCUCCGUGGCCGCAUCCAGCGGCGAUUCAAGCGCUCCAAUCACGGUGAGCGCCUGCUCACAGAGCCCGCCAACAACGGCACCAAAGAGCUGGACGGCAACGACCUUUUAUCCUAUUGGCCAGCUUUGGAAGAGUGCGAGGCACGCACUCUGCAGAAGUGGGGCUCAGAGCGCCCCCUGGGGGCAGAUUACAGCAAGGACGCAGCAAAUAACAACCAGCUAGACGCAGCGCUCACUAGUGGAGACGAGAACGGCCUCACCCAGCCACACAGGCACCGCAAAGGAAUCCUCAAGAACCGUCUUGGCUGUCCUCCCGCACUCCAGGGUCUUUCCAGUAUGGGCCGGGUCCCCAGUGAGCUCAACUGGUACCGAACCUCUACUCUUGGCCACCGAGGUGUUCCUGCUGCCUCCUACGGUCGUAUGUACUCUGCCACAGCUGGUGCCACUGGAGGCUCCGGCUCUCUCUCCCAGCCAGCUUCCCGCUACUCCUCUAGGGAGCACCUGGACUCGCUUGCACGGAGGCAGCUGUCCAGGGAUCCACUCGGGAGGCAGACGGUCGGAGGAUCAAGAGACCGGUUGGACUGCCGAGGCUCCAGGGACAACUUGGAUCUCUUACCCAGGAGGAGAGAGCUGGGGCUGGGGCCAGGGUCAAUGUUAGGGACCCUGGAUCACCAGCGAGUCUCAUUAUCCAGGGAGAACUUGACAGGAUCAAGGGACAGACUGGACAACCACCAUGCUACUGGUUUCCACGGAUCGAGGGAGGAUGUGAGUGGAAACGGAGGGGCUGUCAGUGCCGGGAUUGAGGGAUACCUCGGCGGAUCAAGGUUGCAGCUGAGCUCGCUGACUCGGCGACAGGCCUCAUCCCGGGAGCACCUCGAAGAAGUUCUCGUGAGCAGUAGAUCAAGGGAGCAACUUGACACCAAUGGAAUGGGAGCCCAGGCCCAGCCGUGUCGGGAGUGGCUCCGCACUCUGCCACCCCGCCAGCCUUCACACCCUGACCAGCCGCCCUCCUCUUCUCCUCCUCCCCCGAUAUCUGAGGAGCCUCAGCAGGAGCACCUACCUCCUUCAGCUCACGCCAGAGGACGACUGGACUCAGCUUCAUGUAGGUUUCCUGGUCAGGUCGCCCCCCAGGUCGCAGGUUCAAAUCCAAACCCCUUGGGUCGACAACCGUCCAGUGAACACCUGGAUAUUCUUUCCUCCAUUUUAGCAUCCUUCAAUUCCUCUGUCCUCACUCCUCCCCCUGCUGCCCCAAACACUGGUCCAAACGGCUCCGUCCACGGACCCUCCCCAUCCCCGUCCCAGUCUGCCACCUCCCAUAGCAUAUCUGAAGUCUCCCCUGACUCGGAAGCCAACAGAAGUGAGGGACAGUCUUGAUGACAACCUCCGCAUCCCUUAAUGCAUUUCUACAGUGCUGGGGUCACAUUGGACAUGUUCAAAGGUCGCGGAUGGACCUGAAGCACCGGGACAACCUGGAACAUUCGAGGACAGGGAAACAAAACCGAGACAGAGGAAACGCAGAGACACAAAGACGGACAAAAUAUCCAAUGAUAACACGGAUUCAAGAGAAAGUCAGUGGGCGGCGUGUACUGUGUAAAGAGUUUUCGAGUGUCACCGCCUACGGCGAACGACGAUGUUUCUGUGGACGAUGAGUCAACCACCUCUACUACCUACAAACUCUUAAAGGCAAAAACACAAACUCCUCAGAUUUCAAAGAAACGAGAUCCGUCAAAAUGAAGAAAAAAAAAAGAAACUGUAAAUAACAUUUUUAUACAUUUU